GUGCGGGUCACGUGUCCCGGGCGGCCCCGGGCGGGCGGGCGACUUGGCCUUGCCUGCCGGCCCCUCCCCACCCCGUGACCUCCGACCUCUGACCUCCGACCUCCGGCCCGCAGGAUGAACGGGACGAGCCCGGGCCCGGCAGCGGAGGCGGCGGUGUGGGAGAGGCCCUGGUCCCUGGACGAAAUCCGCAAGAACAGCCAGAGCUGGUCCUUAGCGGCGGAUGCUGGGCUUCUCCAGUUUCUGCAGGAGUUCUCCCAGCAGACAAUAUCAAGGACUCAUGAAAUCAAGAAACAAGUGGACGGCCUGAUUCGGGAAACGAAAGCCACCGACUGCCGCCUGCAUAAUGUCUUCAACGACUUCCUUAUGCUCUCCAACACCCAGUUCAUUGAGAAUCGGGUAUAUGAUGAAGAAGUGGAAGAGCCAGUCCCCAAGGCAGAAACAGAAAAGAGCGAACAGGAGAAAACCCGGGAGCAGAAAGAAGCGGACCUGAUCCCGAAAGUCCAGGAGGCCGUGAACUUUGGGUUGCAAGUUUUGGACAGUGCAUUUGAACAACUGGAUAUCAAAGCGGGAAACUCCGAUUCCGAAGAGGAAGAAACCAAUGAGCGAGGGGAUCUGAUCCUUGAGCCAAAGGAUCUGUACAUCGAUCGACCCUUACCUUACUUAAUUGGGUCCCAGCUUUUCAUGGAACAAGAAGAUGUGGGUCUUGGAGAUCUUUCUAGUGAAGAAGGCUCAGUGGACAGUGAUCGUGGGAGUGUCGUUGAUAGCGAAGAGGAGAAAGAUGAAGAGGAAUCCGAAGACGAUUUUGGCAAUCAGAGUGGUGACGAUCAGAAAACGCGCCCGACACUGAGUGAUGAAGAGGAAGAUGACGAUGGCUGUGAAUCAGAGAAGGAAGAGGAGGAGGAGGAAGACGGAACUGAUGUGGAAAGACCUAGAGGCCUCAAAAAGGAGAGACCGACAUCAUUUGCCGAUGAGCUGGCAGCCCGGAUCAAAGGGGACAAGACAGGCAAGACAGAUGAUGAGCCAAUGACCACAUCCUCAGGGGAAGCAAAAACGAAGAAGCGGGUGAAAGAGAAGAAGGAAGUCAGAAAAGUUCCCUCCGACGAUGAAGAGGAUGACAUAUUCAAACCACCCAAACUGACGGAUGAAGACUUCUCACCGUUUGGUUCUAAAGGGGGCCUGUUUAGUGGAGGGAGAGGACUCUUUGAUGAUGAUGAGAGUGAUCUCUUUGCUGAAGCACCAAAAGAAAGUGAAGAAGUACCAUCCCCAACUAACGGAGGCAGUGCUGACAUGUUCGGUACUUCUUCAGUUAUGUCACCAAAGGAGCUUCAGAAGCCCGUUGGCCCCACGCCAGCAAAAACCCCGCAUCCCCCAGUUCCCGGUGGCCUCUUUGAUGAUGAUGACGACAAUGACGACUUUUUUGUUGCAUCUAACAGCAAACCAGCUCUAACAGUCAAAUCUGCCACUGACCUCUUUGACGAAGAGGAGGAAGGUGAUCUUUUUGGGGAAAAAGCAGUUCCUUCUCCUGCUGCUGUAAGUCAGGCGACCAAGGAAGCCGGUGAUCGGAAAGAAGCAGCCGGAAAGAAGGUUACACAGGUUGCCACCGAAAACCUUCAGUCUGGGUCGGAGACGGCUUCCAAAAAACAGAAAGGUUUAUUCUCCGACGAAGAGGACUCCGAGCAGGACUUAUUUUCAUCUGCUCAGAAUCUGAAUAAGUCAAAAACUACAUCUUUUCCCACUAGCAAACUCACCCCAAAGACACCACUUUCACUCUUUGACGAUGAGGACGAAGAGGAUAAUCUUUUUGGGACCACACCUGCUAAGAAACAACCGUCUUCUCUACUGAAGUCAACACAGGAGAAAGCAAAGCCAUCUGAAACUCAGAAAAAGAAAUCUACCUUGCUUUUCAGCAGUGAUGAGGAGGAUCAGUGGCACGUCACUGGACCUCAGCCUACCCCAGCUUCAGAUGUCAGUGCCAAAGGAGACCCAGUGAAAACUAGCAGUGGGCAAGGACCUGGGGCUAAAGCUCUGAAAAAGACCAGCCUGUUUGAGGAGGAUGAUGAAGAAGAUUUAUUUGUCGUCACCAAGGACAGUCAGAAAAAGAGCCAGAAGACAUCUCUUUUGUUUGAAGAAGAUGCUGAUAGCGGAGGUUCUCUUUUUGGCUCCCCUUCAUCAUCGGCUCCUCCUGCAUCGAUGGAAAAAGAACGAACCCUUGCGGCAGGGCCCUUACUGUUCAGUGACGAGGAAGAGAAGGCGGCUCCUUUUGGGACAGCGAAAUCAGUGGAUGAGAAGGCAGAGAGUGUCGGGAAGACAGUGGGAGAAGCUGCGGUGUUCAAAAUGCCUGGGAAGGGAGAACCUGCAGCCGCAUCCGCUCCAGGACCGAGGGAGGAUUCCGAUUUGUUUGCUUCGAUGCCUCCUCUGGAGAAAGAGGUAAAGGGAAGAACUAAGAAUGUGUUGAGCCUAUUUGAGGAAGAGGAGGAAGAAGAAGAGAAAAUUGGAGAGUCCGGUAGCAGCAAGACCCCACAAAAAGCAACGGCCAAGCCCUCUGACCCCAGUGCCCAUUUCCAGAGCACAGGGGUGUUCCAAGAUGAAGAACUCCUCUUCAGUCACAAGCUCCAGAAGGAUAAUGACCCCGACGUUGACCUCUUCGCCAGUCCCAAAAAACCUGCGUCUGAGCCAAGAAUGCAUCUCCCGCCUGGAGGGGGCCUCUUUGGGGAUGAGGAAGAUGAUGAUCUCUUCAGUUCCGCCAAAUCCAGACCUCCGAAGGUUCCUGAAAAGAAAGCAGGGAUGAAAAAAGAGAACCUCGGAUCGCCUCCUCAAAGUCAUAUACCUUCUGGAUCCACCCACGGUGACCAACGGGAGCCAGGUGUUCCAAAACUGGAAACGUCUCAGGAUCCUCCGGGCCCCGCUCCAUUUAAAACAAAAGAACCUUCUUCAAGGAUCGGAAAACUACAAGCAAACUUAGCUAUUAACCCAGCCGCCUUACUGCCUGGAGCAGCUCCCAAAAUCCCCGGAGCCAAACCUGUUUUCCCAGGAUUGAGCCUGCCUCCAUCUGAACCGGAUAAAAUCCUGAGUCCAGAGGCGUCAUCUCCGGGCAGCAGCGGUGUGGAGCCCGGAGUGAGUUUCGAUCACCCAGCCCAAGCAGAUACGUUACAGAGUGCGAACAAGAGCCGAAUCAGAGUGGGAGGAAAGCGUAGGCCGCAGAGCCGAGCUGCCCGCCGGUUGGCUGCUCAGGAAUCCGGCGCGGCGGGGGACGUGAAUGGAGCCGACGGGCCCCUUCCACCUUCGGCCAAGGAGAAGUCAGCCUCUGCAGAAGUGAAACCGCUACUCGCCAGGGACCCGAGCAGAAAGGGGAGUAGGGAAAAGGCCCGGGCAACUCUGCCACCCUUAUCAGAAGACGCCAAGCCAGUGUCCGGCAGGGCCACGGGCUCUUCGGCGAGAUCUCCGGGGCCGGCCGUGGAGGAGGACCUCUUUGGAUCCGGCGACCUCUUUUCCGAGGGGACGACGUCUGAGGGCACAGCCUCUUCGGCGAGAUCGCCGGGACCGGUCGUGGAAGAGGACCUCUUUGGUUCCAGCGACCUCUUUGCCAAGGGGCCGGCGUCCAAGCCGCCGGGGCAGGUGAAAGCCAAGGAGAAAUCGUCGGAGAGCCUGGCCGCUCGACCGGGGAAAGGCGACGAAAAGAAAGCGUUCCUUCCGGUGUUGGACGAGCCGGGGAGCGACGAUGAUCUCUUUCUGUCCGUGAAACAGAAGUCGACCAAAAAAGCAAAACCCGUGCCUUUUCUGGAGGAUGAAGAUGACAUCUUUACGAGUCAGAAGGCCAAGAAGGGAUCUAAACUCAUGGGGGAGCGGGAUCUUGCAUCCAAACCCCAAGAUAUUUUUGAGGAUGACAUAUUUGCCACAGAAGCAAUUAAGCCUUCACAUAAAACAAGAGAGAAAGAAAAAGUGUUGGACUCAAACCUGUUCGAUGAUAACAUCGAUAUAUUUGCAGACCUAACUGUAAAACCAAAAGACAAGAAGUCAAAAAAGAAAGUGGAGUCCAAGUCAAUAUUUGAUGAUGAUAUGGAUGAUAUCUUCUCAUCUAGCAGCCAGGUCAAGACCUCCAAACCCAAAGGCCAUUCAGCUCAAUCUGCAGCAGAAACAAAAUCAGAAAGCAAGGCUUCUAGUACAUUUGAUGAUCCCCUGAAUGUCUUUGGAGGCCAGUAAGGGAGGUGCGGAGGACCCGGCAGAAAAGAAGCGGUGAUCUCUAGCAGGGUCGCCUCUUAGUGCUGCCAUCUUGCUUUUUAAAUGGAGUAAGAAAAGCAGAUACUGGAAUGACCCAUCCUCCCCUGAAGUCUCUGUAACUUUCUGCAUUAGUUUUAAUCAAGCUUUAAUAAUGAAAGAGAUAAGUAAUAGAAUUUCUGAAUCACUAUUUUGUCCGUAUGCAGAUGAAGAAUUAGCCUGUGCAAUCCGUGGAAUUAUGUAAUCUAUUAUGUAGAGUAUAAUUUCCUUUCUAGAACAGAACGACAGAGAGAAAAAUCACUGAUAUAAUUAAAAUGGUGAAAUAUAAAAUGGUGAAAACUA